AUGGGUAUCACCUUUAGCUCCGUCACGUCCCCCUUGACGGCCGCGCCCAAGCCGGCGCCCAGCACCGACAUUUCGUUCGAGGACUACCUCGGUCUCUUGUCUGCUGCCUACGAGUGGGCCGACAGCUACGACUCCAAAGACUGGGACCGUCUCCGCCGCUGCAUUGCACCGACUCUCCGGAUCGAUUACCGCUCGUUCCUCAACAAACUCUGGGAGGCCAUGCCCGCCGAGGAAUUCAUUGCCAUGAUCUCCGACCCCAACGUGCUGGGCAACCCCCUCCUGCGCACCCAGCACUUCUUUGGCGCCUCCCGCUGGGAGCGCGUCUCCGACACCGAGGUCAUUGGCUACCACCAGCUCCGCGUCCCCCACCAAGUGUACACCGACGCCUCCCUCGCCACCGUCGCCGUCAAGGGCCACGCCCACUCGGCCAACACCCACUGGUACCGCAAGGUCGACGGCGUCUGGAAGUUUGCCGGCCUCGACCCGCAGAUCCGCUGGUUCGAGUACGACUUUGACAAGGUCUUUGCCACCGGCCGCGACCAGUUCGGUGCGGAGGAGGCGACGGCCGCUGACGAGAAGCCGACGGUGGCAGCAACAGCCUCUGCCAGCAAGUCGGCAAAUUCCGUGCCCAAGACACCGCUGGCCGCACAACGUGGAAUCUCUGUUGGGGCAUAA